AUGUCUGUCUUCGCUCGCAGACUCCGGCUGCCCUCCUCAUGCUCAUGUAGCCCGGUGCGCACGUAUGCGACGCGCAUCCCCGAGCGGCCGCCCUACCGCGCCCCCGACCCGCUCGUAAACAACCCGAAUGCGACGUACACAAAACUCGAGGACGACCUGACCUUCAUCCACCGUCCCCCGCCGACCGCCCCCUCACCGUGGUCCUACACCACGCAGCCCGCCUCCCCGCUCCUCCACAAUCCCACCGCACCCGCAGACAGGCCGCUCCCGCCGCUCGUCCGGGCGGAGGCGGAGGCGGCGCACCCGCGGAUGAGCGCAGAGGACAUCGCGAAAAUGCGUGCGCUGCGCGCGCAGGCCCCGGAGCGCUACUCCCGCGCGCGGCUCGCGAAGAUGUUCAACUGCAGCACGAACUUCGUCGCGAUCAUGGCGCCGACGAAGAUGCGCGACCGGAAGAAGAUCGUCGGGCACCGGGACGAGCUGCACGAGGCCGCGCGGAGCAAGUGGGGUGUCAAGCGGUCGUAUUUCGAGGAGGCGAGGAAGAAGAGGAAGGGGCUGUGGUAG